UAUCAUUUGCUGAUAAGAAAAAUAUAUACAUACAUAUAAAUGUUGAUUAGAAAUGAAACUUUCCUUGGUGUCCCCGUUAGUCUGCACAAAACUUUACUUGACUUUUGAAAUCGUUUCGAGCAGGUUGUGUUUCUGACCACGUAAAAAUAUUACAACAAUUUAAGCACGAUGUCUCUCUUAACUGGCAGUGCCAAUGCGGUGAAGUACACCCUAUUUGGAUUUAAUUUGAUCUUUUUGAUCACGGGUAUUAUUCUGAUAGCUGUUGGAGCCGGAGUUGGAGCGGUUUAUACUGGAUAUGAGCUCUUCUUGGCCGGAAAGUUCUUCUCGAUCCCCACGUUCCUGAUCGUGAUUGGUUCAUUUAUCAUCGUGAUCUCAUUCUUCGGAUGCUGGGGAGCCGUCAAGGAGAACUAUUGCCUGGUGCUGAGCUUCUCGAUCAUGCUGGCCAUCAUCUUUAUCCUGGAGCUCGCUGCCGGCAUCAGCGGCUACGUUCUGCGUAAUGACGCCUCCGAACUGAUCGGAAAAUCGCUCAAAGCUUCAAUGGCAGAGUACAAUAACGAGACCCAAAACCCGACCACGGCCCUUUGGGACGAUGUUCAGCGAAGUUUCGACUGCUGCGGCGUUACCAACUUCAUGGACUGGAAAGAAAGGUUCCCUUCAGGAGAACUGCCCAUUUCUUGCUGCACCCCCAUAGUAGGACAGGUUGGCACCCUUACGUGCACCAAUACUGUGCAAAGUACGGAUAACCUCCACUCCGACGGCUGUCUUGGAGGCUUCUCCAACUACAUUGCCGCGCACGCGGUCAGCUUGGGGGCUGCUGGCGUGGUCAUAGCUAUUCUACAGUUCUUUGGCGUCAUUUUCGCAUGCUACAUAGCUCGGGAGAUCAAAAUCCGAAACGGCAUCACUGGAUUCAUCUAGAACUCAAUUGUAAGAGUUUCGUGACAGGAGCCCAGUGCUGAUCUAUACAUUUAAGGCUUGACUAGAACCAUAGUGUUACUUCUGUCUAUUACUCUGCUUAUAUUGCUUUGUAUAAAUAAAAUAUUGGUAAAUUCAGUUAGAGAGACUUAAGAAUUUACCUUUCAAAAAUUAAA